GAAAUCCUCACUAACAACUCUGGAGAAAACGUGUUUGGAAGCGACUGAGAACUGGAUCACGCAAUAUGUGGUUCUUAAAUACGGUCAUCACACCAUGCUGAAAGUUUGAGAGCGCUUAUUUUGAGCAGAGUUUCAGCACAGAAUCCGAGGAAAUGAUGUGGUUUUCUUGCUUAUUAAGCCUGCUGAUCUCUUUAGAUGCUAUGGACCUCGCUACUGCUAAAGAUCUAUGCAAGACAGAAGUAAGCGUACUUGGCAUGGCUCUCAAGGGCUUCAUCUACAAAAAGGUUACAGUAACAGCCCCUCAUGAUUGCGAUAUCACCUGCAGGGGAGAAACCAAAUGUCAAAGCUUCAACUAUGUGAUUGGUGAAAAGUCCUGUGAAUUGAGCGCUCGAACCAAGGAAGCAAGGCCUGAGAAUUUCCAGUCAGACGAUUCACGCUUUUACAUGGGACGCUUCAGUGGCAGAAUCCCCUUAGGCUCCAUUGCUGAAUUGCCAGCGUUAUCUUGCCAUGAGAUAAAGUUAAGCGAGGGUAAAGACACAAUAAGUAAAAUGUACUGGUUGGAUCCAACUAGCACCGGGAAAGCAGAGUUGCUUUACUGCGACAUGAAAUUGGAAGAUAUCGAUGAGUGCACAGGUAGCAACAACGACUGUGACGACAAUGCGUACUGCUCAAAUACUGUUGGGUCUUAUAAUUGCACCUGCAAAGAAGGAUUUACUGGGGACGGACACUCAUGCUCAGCUAAACCAUGUUAUCAUUACUAUAACCUGAGUGAUGCCAGCAGAAAUACAAUCAACGUAACAAUCCCUUCUCAAGCGUUGUGUGACAAUGAGCUCCUUGAGGGAUGGUAUCGUUUUGUGGGAGCUGCAGGAACUAAAAUGCCAACAACGCGUGUUCCACUAAACAGAUGUGGAACGAGAUUCUCAGGUUGGUUGAAUGGUACUCAUCCCACCGUGGAAGAUGGUGAGGUAUACAGAACGGUUUGCUUUAGUAAAAUAUUUGGCGGUUGCAAAUUCUCAAAUGAAAUUUCUGUUAAAAACUGUGGAUCAUACUUUAUCUACAAGCUUCAACAGCUGCCACCUGAUUGCUACUUGCGUUAUUGUGGUACAGACUGA